ACUUCCUUGGUCCUCCCUACAUUAUCCACACAUUAAUUGCUACUACUACUUUCUUUAACACCUUUUGAUUUUUCUAUUUUUUUUCUUUAUAUAUAUAUAUUGCUCUCUACAACUUUCAACUUCAUAUACAAAACCAUUUUUAGUUGGGAAAAAAAAGAACUUAAAAAUGGAUGCAAAUCAAGAAAUGGCAUUGAUCCAAUUGAGGAAAUCAGUUGAAAAGCUUGGAUCUUCAACUGAGGGUUAUGGAGAGAAGACACUAAUGAGGUUCUUGAUUGCAAGAUCAAUGGACUCAGAAAAAGCUGCGAAGAUGUUUUGUCAGUGGAAAAAAUGGAGGGCUGAGAUGGUUCCACGUGGUUAUAUACCUGAUUCUGAAGUUUCAGAUGAAUUAGCAUCUGAAAAAGUUUAUUUACAAGGAUUGACCAAAAAAGGGCACGCUGUUAUGCUAGUUAAAGUUAACAAGCAUUUUCCUUCUAAGGAUCAAGUUCAAUUCAAGAAAUUCGUCAUUCAUCUACUAGACAAAACAAUUGCAAGUUCAUUCAAAGGUAGAGAAAUAGGAAAUGAGAAGCUUGUUGGAAUUCUUGAUCUCCAGAGUAUUACCUAUAGCAAUGUUGAUACUCGUGGAUUAAUCACUGGUUUUCAGUUUUUACAGGCUUACUACCCUGAGCGCUUAGCUACUUGUUACCUUUUAAACAUGCCACAGUUCUUUGUCACCAUAUGGAGAUUUAUUUGUCGCUUCCUUGAAAAAGCAACUCAAGAGAAGAUCAGGAUCGUUAUAAGUGAAGAACAAAAGCAAGAGUUCAUCAGAGAGGUUGGUGAAGACGUCUUACCGGAGGAGUAUGGAGGGCGUGCUAAACUUGUACUUUUGCAGGAUGUUGCUGUGAAUUACUAAUACAAGGCGGAGGAACAAUGGAAAGGGGAAAUGAGAGGAAAAAGAACAGGAAAAAUUUCAUACACCUACUAAUUUGUGUCAGUAAUGUUACUAGACUUUUACUUGUUUCCUUCUAGUCAUAUAAUGAAAUUUAGAAAUUUUUACUGUGGUACUCAACUGCUACAGUUCAACCUGACUCUUUUCCAGGUUAUUUGGUGAAUUUACAAUAAGGUACUUUCUAAACUUACCAAA